GCCCCGCCCGCCGCCUUCCGGGGCCGUCCCGCCGUGAUGCAGCUCCUGCGGGCUGCGCGGAGCUGGGCCCGGGGCCCGCAGGGUCGUUCUCCUCCUCCUCCGCUCGCCGCCCUCUCGCAGGUGUUGAAGCUGGAGCAGAGCCGCCGCGACGGCGUCAUGUUCCCGCUGCAGCGGCUGGCGCGCAACCUGGCCCCCGGCGCCGAGGCGGCGGCCAUCAGUCUCUUCCAGCCCGGGCUGGCCGCGCUGCAGCGCGCCGAGGCGCUCUUCACCUCCGGCCGCGGCCACGCCAUCGACUACGUGAGCUCCGCCGUGCGCAUGGAGCACGCCCCGCCGCCCGCGCUGCCCGAGGUGUGCUUCAUCGGCCGCAGCAACGUGGGCAAGUCGUCGUUAAUCCGAGCCUUGUUCUCGCUGGCUCCAGAAGUGGAGGUCAGGGUGUCAAAAACUCCAGGCCACACAAAGAAGAUGAAUUUCUUCAACAUAGGGAAGUACUUCACUUUGGUGGAUAUGCCAGGGUAUGGCUACCGUGCCCCAAAAGACUUCGUGGAUAUGGUGGAGGCUUAUCUGCAGGAGCGGCACAACUUGAAGAGGACUUUUCUGUUAGUCGAUGGUGUGGUAGGAAUCCAGAGCACAGAUCUUAUUGCAGUAGAGAUGCUGGAGGAGUUUGGGAUUCCUUAUGUGAUGGUGUUAACUAAAAUUGACCGAGCUUCCAAGGGACUGUUGUUAAAGAAUGUUUUGGGGAUCCAGGAGUUUGUAAAGGAGAAAACUCAGGGAUGCUUUCCUCAGCUAUUCCUGGUCAGUUCUCUGGAGUUCUCAGGAGUCCACUUGCUAAGGUGUUUUGUAGCCCAUGUUACUGGAAACCUGCCUACUGUAGAGGCCAGCUGAAAAGUCUGGCUCCUGAUAUGCUCAGCUCAUCUGGAACAAAAGGUUCAGCGUGGUAGCACGCCUCACUUGCAUACAUCAAGUUGUCCCUGUUCCUGGUGGAUGCAGAAAAGGAAACCUACUUUAUGGGAUCCGCCUCCUGGCUGGCUGUUGUCUUGAAACAGUGGUGAUAAAUGAACAACACUUAGGAGAACUCUCUCCUCCUGCACUUUAUCAUCACUCAGUGCUGCAUCUGCCUUCUGUUUUAAAUCCCACGUGAAGUUCUGCAGCUGCCCUCAGCGGAGUUACCAGAGGUGGGUCUGUUACCUGCAUCGGUCCUGCCCUGGGAGUUGAAGCACAACACUGAGGUCCCACAGCAGCUGUGUUUGGCUAAGAGCACAAUAUGGGGGAGACCGAAGCUGGUACAGAAUCUACUAAAAGGACUGCCGUUAAAUAGGGGUAGUUGUACAUGGGAAUUUAGACCAAAGCUACUAAGUGCCUGUGUCACACUCUGGCACUCAUCUUGUCCUGUCUUGAGAUUGUCAAUUCUGUGUAUGCAGUUGUUGAAGUUAACUUACAUUAAGUAUUUAAAUCUCAAGAAAAGGUUGUUCUUUCAUAAAGCGCUCUGAGGCUUGAAGGUGGUUCUUGUGCUGUUUGUUAUAUUAAGGAAUUUCUUGUAACUCUCAGAUUAGACUUGAAGUAAAGUAGGAAGUGACAGUGUGGGGAAUACAGUAGAGAGAUGUGGAUCUUGAGUUUCUGCAUGUAAGCAGAGAUCAGGCCUGUAAUACACUACUAUUUUGCUUCUAUUCCCAAAAUGCUCCAAAGCAAACUGGUCUGUGGGUGUCUGAUUCUAGAAGUAAAUAUACAGUAGGAUCUAGAGAGAUGGAAUAUGUGCAAGUCAGCAUUUCAGGAAUAAUCGUGUGUUAGUAUCUUAAAACCAGCGUCUUUCAAAAGCAUCAAUGUAGUCAAAGCUGUAAUCAUCAAGGCCUCAGUUUGUUAUGUGCAAGAAUUGGUGCCUCUGUGGCAGGUAUGACAGUAAAUAAAAUCAAAUUAAGCAGGACUUAAA